AUACUAUUAUUGUAUUGGUUAAGGAGCGGGGCGCCUAGCACCUUAUUGGUUGUCUUCUUCAUGGGGUCCCAAACAGCUCUGAGAUUUAGAGUAUUGGGUUACAGUUUCGCAGCAAAAUGGCGACUGUCAUUCAGAAUCCUCUCAAAUCGCUAGGUGACCAGUUCUACCGGGAGGCCAUAGAACACUGUCGCAGCUACAACGCACGUCUGUGUGCCGAGCGGUCGGUCCGCAUGCCCUUCCUGGACAACCAAACUGGCGUGGCCCAGAACAACUGCUACAUCUGGAUGGAACAGCGCCACCGUGAGCCAGGUGUGGCUGCUGGACAGAUGUAUACGUACCCAGCUCGGUGCUGGAGGAAGAAGAGGCGUCUCCCCCCUAUGGACCCUCAGCUACACCUCUGUGAAUUACGACUGGAGGCAGAGCUGGCCCCUAAGAAGGAGCCCUCUCCAGGAGAGGCCACAGCUCUGGAGACCCUGCUCAGAGGGGAGGGGCUACUGGAGAAGAAGAAAGACAUCAUCAAGGAGGACGAGACCCUUCUAGAGAUACAGAGGGUCCUGGAAGCAGACGAGAAUGGGGACGGUUUCCAUGACGACGAGGACUUUGAAGUGGACACUCCGAAGAGGAAGCAGAGGAAAGGAAGGGGCAGAGGGUCCAGUCGCAGGAGGACAGAAGCUGCUACCAACGAUGAUGUGGAUAAACCUUACGUCUGUGACAUCUGUGGCAAACGCUACAAGAACCGCCCAGGCCUGAGUUACCACUACGCCCACACACACCUGGCUGAGGAGGAAGGGGAGGAGGAGAGGGAGGAAGAGAUGCCACCGACCCCGCCACCACACCGACCAGACCCAGACCCAGACAACCACAAACCUCAGAGGGCGGCAGAUGGCUCCAUCAUCCCUAACGACUACUGUGACUUCUGUCUGGGAGACUCUGACUCUAACAGGAAGACUGGCCAGGCUGAGGAGCUGGUGUCCUGCUCUGACUGCGGCCGUUCUGGCCACCCAACCUGUCUGCAGUUCACAGACAACAUGAUGAUGGCGGUGAAGACCUACCUGUGGCAGUGUAUCGAGUGCAAGUCCUGCAGCCUCUGCGGCACCUCAGAGAACGACGACCAGCUGUUGUUCUGUGACGACUGUGACAGAGGAUACCACAUGUACUGUCUGAAGCCCCCCAUGACCCAACCUCCUGAAGGGAGCUGGAGCUGUCACCUGUGUUUGGAUCUAUUGAAGGACAAGGCCUCAGCCUAUGAAGAGCCAUAGCAUCACACACACCAUAAUGGAUUUACAGGCUCAGGGCGUAACGUUCAGUCUCACCUCGUUCACUUUCUCAGUUUCUUGUGUGAGGAGAAAGUGCUACCCUCUACCUCUGAAAUGGAAACACAACCCUACAGAUGCAACACUUCUACAACAUGCAAUCCUUAUCUGCCAAUCAGUGCUCUACCUCACAACUUCACAACCAACCACAGACAAACAGGCAAUACAUUCCACCAGUGAUUUACCAGGUAUCAUGUGAGGUCAUAAUUAAGCGACAUAGGUCAGGACCACUUUGAACCAAAAUGUCAUUCUGUGCUAUAAAAAAAAAUAUUUAAAAAAUUAAAAAACCUCCACAAAGAAUAGUAAUUAGUUGAAAUAGUAAUCUUGUUCCACAGUGUUUGACACUGCUGUUGUACCAUGUCGUCUCAUCUGACUGUUAGCUAACUAGAGAUGUUUGUCUUAGCUGAGAUCAAAAAAACACUUAUGUGCCUGACAAGGAGAGUUUGUGUCUGUUUGACAAACAUUUGAUUUCGUUUCCAGUCCCGUCCUUGUUUAGAUUUCACAGUGACGUUCUUUCAUAUUUUGCACCAAGACAUAUUAAAUAUUUGAAAUAGCAUUACUCACAGGACUUGUCUAACAUCAUUUUAUCAAGGUGUAACGCAAUCCCUCUUAGGGGGUCGUUGCAGCCACUAUUUUAUAUUUCAGCUCGUUUUUUUUUAUCCCAGUUUGUGGUUACUAGGAUACUAAGUACCCAAUGACAACGAUCUAAACAGUUAUUCAUUUAAAACUGGUCGAAAUGUCUGGUUGUUGUGACUGUUGCUGUGGAUGGAUGCUUUGUUUGAUAGAGAAAGCAAUGCAAUCGUGCUCCACUUCAGAGUCCCCAAUCUAAAUCACGUUACCACACAAGAGGACUUCAGAGUCCCCAAUCUAAAUCACGUUACCACACAAGAGGACUUCAGAGUCCGCUAUCUAAAUCACGUUACCACACAAGAGGACUUCAGAGUCCGCUAUCUAAAUCACGUUACCACACAAGAGGACUUCAGAGUCCGCUAUCUAAAUCACAUUACCACACAAGAGGUUUUGGCGUGUUGUUUAAAUAACUGUUUUUGUUGUUGUUGGGAAGAUUGAUGUAAGGACAUUGGGACAAUUAUAGGACUGCAUCCAUAGACCAUAGAGAGACAUAAUCACAUAGAGACACAAUCCAUUUACACUGGGUCACAAACAUAUACAAAACACAUACCUCGUGGCUCUACCACCACGUUUCAGUCGGUGAAUGGUACAAGGCUAUCGUUCGACUGGCGCGUAGGAUACCUCGCAUUGUCCGCGUUAUCAUGCGCCCGUUGUUUUUUUUGUACAUUUGUAUCUUAUGUUUUAGUAAAUGUCAACUUGUUUUAUAGGCUUCCCCUUCCACUUUGUAUAUCAUUCAAAACUUUUAAUGUAAAACUUUCCAACAUUCUUAUACAACGAUUCACGUUCUUCCACGUGAACAUGGUGGCGAUAGAUUGCACUGAACAAGGUCGUUAUAGAUUACAUUAUAGGACUAUUGGAUAGAUUUUAAAGAACACGGAAACACAAUCCUGAAACAGUGGUAGAAGACCUGAAAUUGUUUUUAGCGAUGUUUUAAAAAAAUAAAAUUUAAAAAAAAGUAUUUAAUGCUAAAAAUGAAUGACGAUGUCAUGACUGGAAAUGUCUUACAGCUAUUUUCUUAUUUUGUUUUUGCGCUUUUGUGUUUUGAUAUUGUUUCUCUCCUCAGACAAUCAUGAAGUAGACUAGAUACUGCAUAUUGCUCGAGCACCCAAAGGGUUCCCUAUUCCCUCUAUAGUGCACUACUUUUGGGCCCUUGUUAACAAGAGUGCACUAAUAUAAGGAAUAAGAUGCCAUUUUGAGACGCAUCCAUGAUGUUAAUUAACAUCUGAAUGGUUUCCUUGGUUUCAACCCCCCCAUGUGGGCUGUUUUAACAACUUCCUGUUUAUAUCACCAUGCCAACUUCACACUCUUGAGAAAUAUGUGUCAAUAUAAUUUUGUUUUAUAUUGGAGACCAUCAAUUAUAUAUGGAUACUAUUUUGUGUCGGUUUUGGGUACAUUGUUAAACGUUUGUAUGUAUGUUUUAGUUUUUUUUGUGUUGAAAUAAAGAUUUAGUCCUUGGUUAUA